AGGCAAAGUGGCAGUUAUUACAGGUUGAGCAAGCGGAAUUGGAGCAAGUACAGUGCAUCUGUUCCACGAACAUGGAGCCAAGGUUGUUAUUGCAGAUAUAAAAGACAACCUAGGUCAAGCCAUUGUUGAAAAGCUUGGAGAAAGGGUUAGCUACAUCCAUUGCGAUGUCUCCAAUGAAGAUGAUGUCUGCAAUCUUAUUGACACCAUCAUAGCCAAACACGUACAGCUUGAUAUAAUGUACAGCAAUGCAGGCAUCAUCGACAGUCCCAAGCUAUAUGAGAAUUCUGGACAGCACUAAAACAUAUAUAAAAUGAGUUCUAGGAGUAAACAUGGUUGGCGCUUUCCUGGAAGCCAAACAUGCUGCAAGAGUCAAGAUACCACAGCGCAAGGGUUGCAUAUUAUUUACAAGCAAUGCUUCUGCAUCGAUUGCAGGGCUUUCAUCUCAAGCUUAUGCAGCCUCGAAAAGUGGACUUUUGGGGCUGGUUAGGAACUUGGCAGCUGAGCUUGGCCAAUAUGGAAUAAGGGUUAAUUGCAUGUCACCUUAUGCUGUUGUGAUUAGUAGUGGAAUGUUACAACAAAGUGCAGAAGAGGCAGCAAAAACCGAAAUGCCAGUGAAUGAAAUUGGUAAUUUAAAAGGACAUAUUCUCAAGGCAAUAGAUGUAGCAAAGGUAGCACUCUAUUUGAUUAGUGAAGAUGCAAAUUGUUGGAAGGAAGGCCGACUAUUAGAGUAAAAGACACCUCUACUUCAUCUCAGCAAUCCCAAGUGCUACUUGACUCUAGCAAGGAAGAACAAUGUAUUGCUUAAUGCCAGAGUGGUCUCCUAUUCAGCAUCUACCUUUUCCUCUUAAUUUGUUUGUCUGUUUAAUUCUAAUUGAUUGUAUAAAAAGGGAAAGUUGUUGUAACGGCCUUGUACUCACUGCUUCUAGAAAUUCUAUGCACGCAAUCUGCUUGCUGAAAUGCCAGAAUAUUCUGGGACAAAUUUGUCCUUAA